CAGGCCCCUCCCCGCCAUGGGUGGGGCGGAUGUGGCCGUGUGGGCAAGUCCAUUCUUGAGGGGGGAUUUGGGUGCCUGUCGGAGGGUUGUCUGAGUCAGAAGCGCCCACCUGGUUCCUCCGCUCUUUUUGGUAGGGCCGGGACCGAGGCGGUAGGGCAGCGCUGCGUGCGGGCGGAAGGAAGGGGCUCGGCGGAGCGUCGGGCUGGGAGCUGCUGGCGGCUCUUGCCGGCGUCGCCUGCCCGCCCUGACGGCCGCCAUGAGGCACCUGCCGUACUUCUGCCGCGGGGAGGUGGUGAAGGGCUUCGGCAGGGGCUCCAAGGAGCUGGGCAUCCCCACCGCUAACUUUUCUGAGCAAGUAGUUGAAAGCUUUCCGUCUGAUAUCUCUACUGGUAUAUACUAUGGAUGGGCCUGUGUUGGAAAUGGAGAUGUGCAUAAAAUGGUUUUGAGCAUAGGAUGGAAUCCUUUCUAUAAGAAUAUUAAGAAAUCAGUGGAAACGCACAUUAUCCACACCUUCAAAGAAGACUUUUAUGGAGAAAUUCUUAGUAUAGCCAUAAUUGGAUAUAUUAGACCGGAAAAAAACUUUGAUUCCUUAGAGGCGCUCAUUUCAGCAAUUCAGGAAGACAUUGAAGAAGCAAAAAGACAGCUAGAUUUACCAGAACAUCUUAAACUCAAAGAAGAUAACUUCUUUCAUCUGCCAGAAGGCAAAAUAGUGAACAACCACUGAGCAAACCCAUGCUGCUUUUCUGUUUUUUUUUUCUUGCUUUCUUUUUUUCCCCCCUUGUCGUGGAGCUUUUAUGCUUGCACUGCUUCUAUAGGUACUUUGUUGUCAUAUGUCUAUUUAGGUAACUGAGGUUGGAACCAACCACACAAGAUGAUUUCAAUUUCCUUGUGUUAAUUCAUCGUUAAUCCAGUCAUGCAAAAGGAGCAGAAGACUGGUUUAAGUCCUCACAGAUAAAUAGUGUGUCCUAAAGUUACCGGUUGUUCAGAGAUCUGAGCACGUGCGGAACAUGACCAAAGUUAAUUGUGACCUCUUCUGACCAUAAGGUAUGGAUAGUUCACUUAAGUGAACAAUGUCUGUUUUUAACAUACAGAAUGUUAUUCCAGCCUCUUUUCCUGGUUUUGUCAUUCUUACAUCUGGAUUUUAGCUAGUAAUUUAGAAAAAUUUGCUUAUUAGUUGAGUCAGAAAUUUCCUGUGGUGCAGGAAGCCAAUGAUUAGAUAACAAUAGCAAGACUAAUUCUUCAUAGUUCUUAUUUUCUAUAUGCUACGCAGCUGUUGUGAUUAAAGCUUAAAGCCAUUAUUUUAAUUGAAAUUAUUUAUUUUAAGUGUAUUUGAAAUGGAUGAAAUCACUGUUUCUCAUUGAGUUACUGGAAUCUGAGAUACACUUCAUAGCUGACUACAUAGGACAAUGCCUGACCUGGUUUACUUCUGAGGAAGCGUUUCACUGAAAUGUAGGAAAUGAACGACAGUGUGAAAGUUGAUAAACUUGAAAGGUUCAUAUGCAAAAGAUGCAGAAAUAGUAUAACAAGACUUCUGCUUGUUGAGCCUUAAGACAGAAGAGGUGAUAAAAGGCAACUUUGCAUUUUAUGUGCUGCUGGCAUUUGUCUUAGGAGAUUGGGGAGAACAUUGGGGUUAUUCAGUACACUGGCAAUAAAAUGGUUGAUGUUAGUGUAAGGCACAGAGAAAUCUCAUCAACUCUCUGCACCAAGUGCAGGUAAGAACCAAGGUUUUGGCUGACCAAGUUGAUCAAUACACAAAUGAAAGUUUUUUUGGGGAUUCAUGGAAUACUAUAUCAACACUACAAUGGGUAUUGGCUAUUUAUUACAAGUAAUUGCAGACGGUCCUACUCUGAAAUGUGGGGAUACAUAAAUGGAGCGCGUAUUGUCAGAAUUGGCAGUAAUUUGGAACAUACUUCUUAAAGUAUGUAAUGUGGGAUUCCACGUCUACUCUUUUUUUUUUUUUUUUCUCUCUGAUAAAUUUUUCUGUCCCCUACUCAGUGAGUGGAACUAGGUAAGCUGCAGUGACUUUGUCAUGUUCAUAGUCUUUUGAUGUUGGCUUGUGAUGUGGCUGGAACAUUUUCUGAAAUUCCGAAUGGUUCUGUGGAUGUGUCUCAACUGUAGUUCUGUCUGAACUACCAUGUACAACUUGGAACGCACAAUUUCUGCAGUGCAAUUUUAUGAAUUUACUCCUUGCCUAUCCUAUUGGAAUCCUAAUUUUCACUCUGGUUUUAAGAGUUGUGACAAGGUAGCCAUUUGGGUCUUUGUGGCAGGUGCUGUCAGGUUGUUAGUUCUCCUUCAUAUUGUUUUACUUUUCAGUCGAUAUCGUAAGAUAUUAUUAGGGAGGAGGUCUUGAGCAUAUCAAGGACUUGUGUUUGCUCUGUAGGACUUAAGGAGAAACUUGAUUUAAUUUAAAUUAAUUGUUCACCACUGCUGUUGAUAAGCACAGAUGGAAUACAGAAUUGGGAGGGGCAGUUAUCAGCAGUUAGAUAUACUUUCUUUUAAAGGAGAACAAAAUAAUUUAGAGGACUUUUACUAUACAACAUGUUGGAAACUGUAUUUCUGAAAAGUCUGUAAAAGAAUUGUCUUUCAAGAGUGACAGAUUUUUUUACAUUUUAAAACAGGGAUGAAGGGAUAAUUUUUUUUUUAAAAAUUUGAGGCAUUCUAGAGAUUGUAAUAAUGUCAAAAUCUUAUAUUUUGCUUUUUUUAAAGAAUAAACAAAAGCCGCACUAGUAAACUGAAUAUAUUGUUGAGAAUAUAUUUAAAGAAUAGAUUGUUGUUCAUUAUAGUACUGUAGCUAAACACUCAUAGCCUUCUUUAAAUUGUUUUUUGCCAGUAAUUUCAUGUGUCUGUUGUGUAAACCACAGUGCCUUAAGCUGGUUGUUUGAGUAAUGCUCUUCUGUGUCUGCUAAUAAAUGCUACUAUUGAAAAUUCAAUUCAGCGUUUGGUUAUAGAACCACUGUGCUAUUGAUAGUGAACAUUAGCAAAGGGAAAACUUGAAAAACUGUUAGUUUGCUCUCAAGUCUUAGCUGAGAUGUGAUGUAUGGAUACACUGAACUAAUAAAUGGCUCUUCGUGUGUUUGUCUUCAAAUUAAAUAUUAUAGUUAUUUGGCUGAGUGUACCUAUCCAUAUUAUUUAAGAGAAAAUGUUAUGUAUCAACUGUUGAAGCUCAGUACAUAAUUCCUGGCACAGUAUAAACUUUAUGAAGGGUUAUAUUUUUGUAUUAUGUACAAAUAACUAUUUAUUUCAGUUGAUGUUGCUGCACUGUACCAUUAAUAAAGGAACUGUAAUUGACGAAGUUA